AUGUACAAUAUUGCACACUUAAAACCAGUAAAAGAGCCAACAACAUUAGCUGAAAGCAUAUCAGAGGGAAAAACUGGAACUGAAAUUGGAGUUGGUGACACUGAACCAGAAACACCCACGGAAGAGAUUAGAGAAGUGGAUGGCACUGUAUCUCAUGACAGCAAAGUGGAAAACAUAGAGGUCACAGCAAUAGAAAAAGAGGAAUAUAUAGGGCAAGAUGUGUCAAACAAUGAUACAAGUGAUGCUGAUGACAGUUUUGAUGACAUGCUUACAGAGGAAGUGGAAGACAAGCAAUGGCUUCUGAAAGUAAAAUUGGUAAUGACCAGCAAACACACAGAGAGACUGGAGGCCAAAGUGAGAAACAUAAAAUUGUAUGGCUCUUCAUUUCAUUGCCUGAAACCGAGAAGCUGGAUAAGUGAUGAGGUUAUUGAUGCAUUUUUGAGCUGUGUAGUUGAGAAAGCAGAUGGAAAGGUACAAGCCAUCUCAUCAGUAGUUUCCACUGUCAUUCUCUCAGGCAGAGCUACACAAAUGAAAGUGAAGAUAGCCUUGAUGAAAAAAAAGGAAUUGUUAAUAAUUGACCCCUUGUGUGAUGAGAUCAGAUAUGAAAGAACAUGCCUGAGGAAUUGGAGAAACUUCAUCAAACGAUUAACUAGUAAAUCCUCAUCUGAUUGGAACAGUAAAAUUGUGCAGCAUCCCAGACAAAGUGAUGGCCACAACUGUGGACCACUCAUCUUAAAGUUUGCAGAAACAUAUUUGCAGCACAAAGACAUCAGUACGGUGGGAACAACACAGAAGGCUAAUACUGCGUUUAGAAGACAUAUAGCAAUUCUUCUAAUGAAGGAGUCAGAAAGCGUGGAGGACUACUGCAUAUACUGCAACCUUAUCGACUGUGAAAAAGAAAGUGAGGAUUGCACGAUGGUCCAGUGUGAUUCUUGCAAGAGGUGGGCACAUAUACCAUGCAUUACAGAAGGAACCAAUCAAGAAAACCUGACAUAUGAGAAGAAAGAGUACAAAUGCAAGACAUGUGCAUAGUUCACUUCAUUA